CAGCAGCGGGAGGAGGAGGAGGAGGAGGAGGAAGCCGCCAGCCAAGAUGUCCCGGUCCAACCGGCAGAAGGAAUACAAAUGCGGGGACCUGGUUUUCGCCAAGAUGAAGGGUUACCCGCACUGGCCUGCCCGGAUUGAUGAGAUGCCAGAAGCUGCAGUCAAAUCCUCCUCCAAUAAGUACCAAGUCUUCUUCUUCGGGACCCACGAAACGGCAUUCCUGGGGCCCAAAGACCUCUUCCCCUACGAGGAGUGCAAGGAGAAGUUCGGGAAACCCAACAAGCGGAAAGGGUUCAGCGAAGGCCUGUGGGAGAUCGAGAACAACCCCACGGUCAAAGCCUCCGGCUACCAGCCCACCCAGAAGAAGAGCUGCCCCGAGGCGGCCGAGCGGGAGCCGGAGGGGGACGGGGAGAAGAAGGGCAACGCCGAGGGCAGCAGCGACGAGGAGGGGAAGCUGGUGAUCGACGAGCAGUCCAAGGAGAAGAACGAGAAGGGAGGGAUCAAGAGGAAAGCUGAGGAUGCUUUGGAGCAGGACUCCCCCAAACGCCCCAAGGACGCAGAGGGGCAGGAAGGGGACAAGAAGGUGGCCAACGAAGAGACCCCCAAGGAGGAGCCCAAAGCCAACCCAGGAGAGGGGGACAAGAACAGCGACGCCGCCGACACACCGGCCACCAACGAGGCCAAGCAGGAGGGCAAGGAGGAGGUCAGAGACCACAAGGAGAGCCUGUAGUGGCUUCCCUGGCGAGCUGAUCCUCCCCUGCUGGCUCCUGGGUGCUGCCCCACGCCGGCGCGUCGCGUCCGCAGCUCCGGACGAGAGAAACCACCCCAACAAGGAAAUUUCCAAAAGAGAGAAAAAGCUACAAAAAAAUUAAAAAGAAAAAAAAAAGAGGAAUGCAGAGCAGCCCGGUACUGCCCCCAGCGCUGCGUGCCUGCCCUGCCGUGGGCACACCACGCUUUGUGUUAGAGAUUCCUGGGGGCUCAGCUGGUGAUUUGAAAUAAAAGCGAAUCUUGCCUUUUUAAAAA